ACCCAUUUUUUCCCUUCUUUCUUCUAUUCUUUUAAUAUCAUACCAUUCUCUCAAACGACUUGAGGAUUUGGGUCGUUGCAGAUUGGUCAUUUGAUGGGUUACGUACAAGCAUAAACUUCAUAAGAUUUGCUUAUUUGAAGAGAAUGGUGGAUGCUGUUGUUGCAGUAGCUUUGGAUCGUUUACUGCAAGUGCUCACAAGCCAAGGCCUUCAGUUCAUCAAAUUUGAUAGGGAGUUUGAGGAAGCGAGGACUGAGCUUCUAUACAUCAACAGCUUUCUCAAAGAUGCUGAGAAGGUCAAGCAGGUGAAUCAGAUGGAAAUGCUGAGAACCAUUAUGCAAGACUUGAGGGAGAUGGUGUAUGAUGUUGAAGACAUAAUGGAAGACUUUGAGCUUCACCGCUUAAAAUGCCAUGGAGGAUAUAAGCUGCACUGCAUGGGCUUUUCUUCAUUGUCCUCAAUGAAGUUCUAUUUUGAAAUAGGAAAGAGGUUGCGGAUGGUGAGAGAAAGAAUGACCAAAGCUAGAGGAAGAAUGACCCCAUACUUGGGGUGUGCUCUAGCCCUCCCAAGUCAAUGGCCAGAAUGGGGAAGGCAACCGUUAAGAAACCCAAUACUAGUUGAUGAAGCUGGAACAGUUGGGCUAGCAGAGGACCAAUGGAAGAUUGGAGAGUGUUUGCUGGAAGCAAGUGGCCAUUUGACAGUGAUUGGAAUUGUUGGAAUGGGUGGAACAGGGAAAACCACCCUUGCACAACAAAUUUACAAUGAUAGGAGCUUGAAAGAACAAUAUGGAUACACAAUCUUCCUUACUGUCUCCCAAAGUUUUGAACUAAAAGAGCUCAUCAGGACUAUGCUAAGAAAAUUGAAUGAGAGUGAAGAUUCCAUGAGAGGAGAUACUGCUGAUCUGUUAAGGACAUUGCAUAGCAAGCUGGACAAGAAAUACUUGAUUAUAUUGGACAAUGUUUGGGGAGCCGAUGAAGGGUUGUGGUGGGAAAGCUUGAAGUCAGGUUUUCCUCACAGAGCUGGUAGCUGUGUCAUUGUCACGACAAGGGAUGAGGAAGUAGCUAGAUCAAUGGGUGCCACCCACAGAUGCAUACAUCAUCUCAGACUCCUCUCAGAGGAGAAUGGCUGGUCACUGUUCUCUAAAGUGGUCUUUGAAAGAGAUGGGGGUCAAUGCCCAAAUAUGGAUUUGGAGGUUAUUGGAAAGGAGAUAGUUUCCCAAUGCAGGGGUCUUCCCCUGGCAAUUAAGAUUGCUGGGGGAAUGAUGGUGGGUAAAGAAAAAAGUGCCCACAGAUGGAGUCAAAUAUCAAAGCAUCUAAAACAAGAGUUGGCUACUCAUAAUAAAGAUAAGGUGAUUUUCUCCACACUUAGUUUGAGCUAUGAGGAGUUGCCUACACAUUUGAAACCUUGCUUUCUGUCCUUUGCCAUGUUUCCUGAGGACACUGAAAUUUUUGUGCAUACAAUGAUACAUUGGUGGAUUGGUGAGGGCUUCAUUAGGGAAAGGGAUGGAAAGACAGCAUUUGAGAUUGGAGAAGAAUGCAUUAAUGAACUGUUCUGCAGAUGUCUAUUACUAGGCUCAUCCAAAACUAUAUUUGAAACUAAUUUCUUUAACUGCAGAUUGCAUGACAUGGUAAGAGACAUGGUCAUAAAAAUUGCAAGAGAAGAAAAUUUCAUGUGCCUGGAUGACAAAGGACAGCCUUCGUUGUGUGUUCAAUCACGCAGAGGAGGCAUAUUGAGGAGCAUAAAUUUGGAGAGCUUUGAGGUCAAUUCCAAGUCGCUCAGGACUUUGGUUGGAAUGCACAUAGAGCCCUCUGUCCUCAAAACUAUGGGUCAAAACAUGUCCCAACUGAAGAGGUUGAGGGUUUUAGACCUUUUACUCUCAGCAACAUCUGAUGCUGAUCUUAUUGAUGAGAAUGUUUUAAGCAGGAUUGGGUUGCUGCAGCAUCUGAUUUGUCUCAAAAUAGAAAAUUGUAGAAUGAAAAAGCUCCCAAAUUCAAUCACAAAUCUUCGCAAGCUUCGAAUUCUACGCCUGUACAAUUGGCCUAAUUUGAGAAGACUCCCACCGAGCGUUACUACUUUGGAACAACUGAACAUAAUGCAGAUAUUUGGUUGUGAUUCAUUGGAAUGCAUGCCAAAGGGGUUCAGUAACCUCCAUAACCUUCAAAUUCUGUGGGGAUUUACACCUGGAAGUUGGAGACACAAAGAUGGAUGCCGGGUUGCAGAGCUGAGGCAUCUCAAUCAACUCAAAACUCUUUUCAUUGAAAUAAAGUCAGAGGAUCAAAUUGUAGAAGGUGAGUUGAACGUAUUAUCACAACUGCAAGACUUGAAGAUUAAAGCCAGUAAUGGAAGCAGUGGAUUGGCUGGUAAGAUUAAUGGUUGGUUUUCUUCCCUCCAACAGCUGGAAAAAUUGAGGCUUCAUGGUUUACAAGGAGUUACCACUCCAACAUGGCUCAAUCCAACUUCCCUUCCCAACUUGCCACAUCUUUCAAUUGUUUUCUCGGAGAGACUUGUGCACUUGAACCCCAUUUUCUGGGACACCCAGAAUGUGAAAUGGAAACUAGAGGUGUUUGUGCUUAUGUAUCUGGAUGAACUGGAUGAGGAAUGGCCUAUGAUAAAAGGGGCAAUGCCAUUUUUGAAACAUAUGAAGGUUCAAGUGUGUCCCAAGCUCAAGCUUUUUCCCUUUGAUGUUACCCGAGAGGGGCAAUGGAAGAAAGGAUGAAACUUGAAAGAUCAUCACUCAAGUCAUUUAUCUUGUAGAAUCAUGCUUCUUUUCAUCACAUUUAUGAACUCAUAAAAUCAAGUUGUUUUA